UUCAUAUCUUGCCGAGUUACUCAGGAUGAACUGGAGAGGACUGAUACAUUAAAUAUAAUAACGGGCCUCUUUUGUGUUUAACUCAUCCUGGAUCAUCUCCGCCAAGUUUACCGCCACAAGAACUAGAAUGGACGAAUUUAAGGAGAGGGAAAAAAUACGUUUUUCUUGGUGAACUAGCAAGCUAACAAGCUAGCUGACGUUAGCUUCGGGUUCAGAUAGCAAGCUGCAUCAAGAGCUGCUAAUAAUAAAAGAUAUUAACUCUCAAGGUGGUACUCACAGGGAAAUGUACUUUCUCUACACAAUUAUCGCGUCUUUAGUUUCUUUUUUCAUUUUGAAAUGGAUGAAAAAGAGGAGGUAUUGCACCGACCUGAAAAGACUUGAUGGCAAAACAGUUCUUAUUACAGGUGGGAAUUCUGGCAUUGGCAAGGAGACAGCUGUUGCCUUGGCAAUGAGAGGCGCCCGUGUCAUCAUUGCUUGCAGAGAUGUGGACAAGGCUGGGAAGGCUGUGAGGGAGAUCAAGUUCAAGAGUCACAGUCUUAACGUCCUUCACAUGGAGCUGGAUCUGGCCAACCUGCGCUCUGUGCGGGAAUUCUGUAAGAGCUUCCUUCAGAGAGAGAAGAGGCUUGACAUCCUGAUCAAUAAUGCAGGUGAGGGGGGUGUCCUCGACUGGACGGACGACGGCUUCAGCAUGUGUUUUGGCGUCAACCACUUAGGCCACUUCCUCCUCACCAAUCUGCUUCUGCCUCGCCUGAAGGAAUGUGCCCCCAGCCGGGUGGUCACCCUCACAUGCUCCAACUACAAAUACCAGAAGCUGGACUUCCAGGACCUCAACUACAACCUGCUGCCCUUCUUCACCUAUUGCCGCAGCAAGCUGGCCAACAUAUACUUCAGUCAGGAACUGGCCCGCAUCACAGAAGGGAAAGAAGUGACCUCCUAUGCCGUGCACCCUGGUUUUGUCCAGAGUGGUUGGACGUGCCACUACUCCAUCCUGUUCCGGAUGCUGAUGCAGGUGAUCAUGUGGAUGUUUUUUGUGCCGUGUGAGAUUGGGGCUCAGACUGUCAUCUACUGUGCUGUGUCAGAUGAAGCUGCCAAACACAGUGGAGGUUACUUCGUAGACUGUCGACCCUCCACUCUGCGUCCUUUUGCAAGAGACACUGGUGUGGCAAAAAAACUGUGGGAGGCCAGUGAGAGACUGGUGAAACUGGCCUGAUGGUAGAAGCUGGUUAUGUGGUUUUAUUUAAGUAUUAUUUAUGGUCAUUGCUGUUUUGUUUAAAUUACAUAUGUGUGUGUAUAUGUGUUUUAUCCUUAAGAUUUGUUGUUCCUUUAUGUGCUUGUGUAUUUUAAGAUGGAAUGUUUUUUUUCCCAUGAAAACAGCUUUUCUUUGCACAAAUAAAAGACUUUACAGUA